AUCUAUUGAAGCUUUUCAUUUCACACAUGCAACACCAGAAACUCACAUGCGACGAUGCUUCUACCCUUGAGACAGAGGAACAAACGUCUUUAUUAGAAUGGCCGCGUUUAUCAUCGCCCUCUUAUUCGUCCACUCGACCAGCUCCACGUUGGGUCACAGUCCUUGGACCGACUCAGGUGUUGGUUUUCCCCAAUUUCUUAUCUGUUCAGGACACAGGUUCCUUGAUUGAAUAUAUUCAACAAGAGAUGAAGAUCCAGAUCGAUGACAAGAUCGACCCAACUAAGCCUCGGCCACGUCCAGUCCCUAAACCAGGAUAUGCAUUCCGAGACAAUGAUCGUAUCCAAUUUCAAUCAGAGGAAUUUGCAAGCAUGUUAUGGAACAAGUGUGGAUUACGGGAUCGAUGGACAGAAUUGUGGCAACAUCCUAAAUACGGACUCGAAAGCGUCCAUGGAGAAAGCAUUACAUCAGGUCCCAGGAACAAGAAGAGAGUACGCCAUGCAGUUGGGUUGAGUCACAAUAUCCGAAUGUAUCGUUAUCAAACCGGUCAAUCCUUUGGUCCUCAUUACGACGAGUCCGUGACAGAUAUUUCGGAUCAAUUAGGCGAGACCGUUUCUGAGUACACAGUUUUGAUCUAUCUCAAUGGUGAACGGGAUUCAGAACUCUUGGGAGGUGAGACGGUCUUUUACCCCAAGGGUAUGAAGACAUUGCCAGCAGAAGGAGCUGGAGGAGCAAGUGGCAAACAAUCGAAAAAGGGAUCAAAAGCGUCAGUAUCAGCCUCCAACAAUCAAGAGAACAAUAGCAGUAGCAAAAGCAAUGGCAAUAGUAGUAAUUCUGGAUCCUCAUUUUCAUAUGUACUUCCGAAUGGAGGGGUCGCUGUGAAGCCAGAGCGAGGGAUGCUGUUGGUGCAUAAGCAUGGCGAUGAUUGUAUGCUCCACGAGGCCCUGUUGGUAAACCGAGGGUUCAAGUAUGUGCUUAGGACAGAUGUUGUCUAUGAGCCGUGACACGGAUUUAAGUGUGACCGAUCAUUAAUAAAACACAAGUGUCU